UUUAGAUUAAAAUUUAUUAAAAUGGUUAGUAGUGCGUAUAAACGACGAGAGAAAAUAAGAGAUUGUAAUAGAAGGAGACGAUCUUUAGAUAAUGCUUCUUUGAGUAUUCGUAAUGAUGGCCAACCUUUACAAAAACGGUUUAUGCAAGAAAUUUAUCGUAAAUUUAUUUAUAUUAUUUAAACAAGAUUUAUUAAAGAUGAGAUGUCUAUUAAUUUGACAAACAGUGAGCCUAUUAAUAAAGGCGGGAGGCCAAGAAAAGUAAUUAGAUCUGGCCGUCCACGAAAGAAUUUAAAUCCUGUUCCACAGGCAGCUUUUGAUUAUGAAGUGAAUGCGCAACAAGAAUUCAAUCGUGAAAUUAAUGUUGAAGAUUUUUCUGAAUCAGUUGUUUCACAUGCUUCAACAACAACUUUAAGAAGAUCUUCCCGUAUUUCACAAUGUAGUUCACGUCUAAAUGAAGUAUUGGAUUCGUGGCCAGUUUUUAGCCCAAUUACUCAACGUUGUGACCGUACUCAUUUUGGAUUAGGAUGUGGUGCCAAAGGUGCAAACCAUAUGCCUAUUUAUUAUGACUCUUUGUCAAAGGAUGAUGUUCGGUGCAAAUAUUGCAAGGCUAAUUUAUUACCAUCCGAAGCCGUUGGGAACACUGCUUAUUCUAAAUGUUGUGCAAAAGGCCGUGUCAGUAUGUCUGAAAAGUACACUUUUUUGCAAGACAUACCUAUCGAAUUGUUUGUUGUUUUUACCGAUCCAACAAAAAUUACACAACGUGAUAAUAUUUUAAAACAUUCAAUGCUCUAUAAUGAUCAAUUGGCAUUUGGCCAUAUACAAAUUCAACGACAACGAGAUUUUACUGAGUCACAUAAGAUCGUAAAAUGUAAUAAUAUGAUCAACUAUUUGUUAUGGGAUUUUAACCCACCUGGAGGUGGCGAGCAGCCUUUGUUGCGUGGUCAACUAUUUACUAUUCCUGCUAAUGAAGCAGCAAAUAGAUUGACUGAAAUAGCAGCCGAUGUCGAAUUAGAUGUUAGCUUUUUAUAUUUUUUAAACUUAUUAAAUAUUUUUAGCAACAAUUGUUGA